AUGAGCGAACAGGAGAGGGAGACGGAGGAAGAUGAGGGAGGGGGCACCUCGGACACAGCACCCAUGCUUCCCCAGAGGGCCCUUGAUCACCAGGCCUCAGCCCUGAUGUCCCCAGGGUGGGCAAGGCUGGCUACACGGGGUCUGGGGACCCUAGUGCUGCCGGGCCGGGCCCUGGCUGGACUCCUGCUCCACCUGCUGCUGUCGGUGAUGGUGUUCCUGUUGGUGCUGCUGCCUGCAGCUGCCGUUGUCUACCUGGGCUUCCUGUGCCACUCCAGGGUCCACCCGGCGCCCCGCCCCCCAUGCCGCACGCUGCUCUCCGACGGCGGCUCCGCGACUCUCAUCGUGUUCGGCUUCCUCUCCCUGCCCCCGCUGCUCGUGCUCGCCUCCGCAGCCCGCGCUUGCCUGGCCCGACGCCUUCACCUGCUGUCGCCCCCUUCUUUGGCCCCCGAUCCCCACCGCCAUUCAGGGUCUGGCGGCGGGGAGCUGAGGGGCCACGCCCUGGACGAGGAGGAACAGUUUUGCGCCCGGGUGUGA